AUGAUAAUCCAAAAAAUUGCAAUUUUAUUUUUCUUCGUCCUAAGGUGCUACCUAAGCACCAACAUAGAAAGCAAAAAUAUAAUCAUCCUGAACGAUGAAAUAAAAACCAUAAAAAGUCCCAUACACUGCAUCAACGAGAUUUAUUUCCUCUUCCAAGACGAACUGUACAAAACCUGCAUACAGCAUGUUAUUAGGGGAAGGACAGAGAUCCAUGUCCUCAUACAGAAACAAAUAAACAGUACAUGGGAAACUCAAGCAAAGCUAUUCGAAGAUAAACUCUGGUUCCAUGUUCCAUCCGUUUUUAAUUUCGUACUUGACGAUGAAAUUAUUAUUGUAAUUUGCAGAUAUAAAAGUGUGAACAAAAAGGAAGGAGCCACCUGUGAACGUUGGAAGAGCGUCACAGGGACCACGUACAAAAAGGAGUCUCUUCAAAUAGGUGAAACCUUUGCCAACAAAAACAUAGACUCAUACGCAUCAGUUCCUCUAAAAAUUUCAAAAAAAAAAUUUUUGCUCAUUUGCGGAAUACAUUCCUACGAGUACCAAGAUUCCAACAAGGAUAAUUUCAUUUCUUGUAUUGCCAGUGAAGACAAGGGAGCAACCUGGCGCACCCAAAUCCACAUAAACUACGAACAGUUUAAAAAAGGAAUCCCCUACUUCUACCUGCGGCCCCUCAUUUUUGACGACGAGUUUGGCUUUUACUUCUUCUCCCGAAUAAGCACCAUCAACACGGGUCGAGGAGGUAACUAUAUGACGUGCACUCCAGAAGCAACGAACGAAUAUAAGUUCAUAUGCAAAGACGUCAAUAAUCUCAUUAAAGAGAACAAAUCCCUUCAAAAUAUCACUAAGCUAAGCGGAUACUACAUAACCAGCUACGUCAAAAAGGACAACUUCAAUGAGUGCUACCUAUACUACACAGAACAUAACGCCAUCGUUGUCAAACCAAAAGUACAAAACUAUGACCUUAACGGUUGCUACGGAGGCUCCUUUGUAAAAUUGGAUGAGGAGGAUGCGCUCUUCAUUUAUUCCACUGGCCACGGCGUUCAGAACAUACACACGCUGCACUAUACAAGGUAUGACUGA